UGUCACACUGCUUUUUCUCUACUUACUGUUCCGAAUAAUAAAUUUGAAAAAUUUACCACUUUUUUUUGUUGUUAAAUAUUAACGGGGCCCUGACAAAAUUUGGUACAAUAUUUUAACGUAUCUUCCCAUUGAGAGAAAUAAAAUUAAUUCCAUUUUAAUAUGGGAACUUUUCGUGCAAAGGAAGCAAAUAUGUCUGGAAACUCGAAUCAAGACACGAAUAAUGCUAUUCCAAGGGGGAGAUACAAUUCUAAAAUGACAGACGGUUCUUCAGCGUAUUUUAAUUCGGAAAGGGACUUAUUAGAGAAAGAAGAUACUAAAGAAAAAUCUAUCGAUUUGCAAACAGUAAAGGCAAGAGUUGAUAGAAUACAUGUAGAUGGGCUUAUGAGAACAAAGGAUGACAUAAUAAAGGCUCAAGUAACAGACCUUUUCAAAGCUAAGGAUAUGCAAGAUGUUAUUAUACGUGCCUAUAAAGUCAAAGGGAAACUUGAAGCUUUAGGAUGUUUUAGGAGUAUUGGAGUUUACAUUGAUACCAGUCAAGGUCCUCAUGCCAGCUCGGAAGGCGUCGAAAUCACUUUUACUGUACGUGAAAUGCGGCGGUUGAUGGGUGGAAUUAAUACUAUGGUUGGAAAUAAUGAGGGUUCUGUUAUUAUUGGAGCAAAGGCGCCAAAUUUAUUUGGAAGAGGGGAACGUCUUCAAAUGGAGUAUUCUCAGGGUACAAAAAGUUCAACUAAUAUAAAUGUAUCUGCUGUCAAGCCCUUAGUGGAUAGUUGGUUUCGUACAGUGUUAACUGGUAGUGUGUACAACACAACUAGUGAUUUUCCAUGGUCUGGUUAUCAUCAAUGCGAUAAAGGCCUUCUAUUAGAUAUCGCUCUUAAUCCAGACGGAGCAGGUAUAUUGAAGCACAAUUUACAAUAUGAAGCUACAUAUAGAAAAAUGAUCUGCUCCAAACAAGCAUCGUUUCGCGUUCGCGAACAGUCUGGCCCAAGUUUAAAAUCCGCAUUACGACACAUUUGUUCUAUUGAUAAAAGGGAUUCCUUAAUAUUUCCUACUGCGGGAAGUCUCAUACAGUUUUCAACAGAAAUAGCUGGGCUUGGUGGAGACAUUGGAUUUGUUAAAAAUGAACUCAUAAUGCAAUCUAAUUGGACGCCGCACGAAUGUCUUUCGUUUCAAUUGGGUCUGCAAUCUGGGCUGCUUCGAGGAAUUAACGACAAUAUGAAAAUAAACAUAGUUGAUCAAUUCUUUUUGGGUGGACCAAUGAAUCUUAGAGGUUUUGAUAUGAGAGGUUGUGGGCCCCGACACGAUGGUAAUUCGAUAGGCGGCGAUGCAUAUUGGGCACUUGCAUUGCAUUUAUAUACACCACUGCCGUUUAGACCCGGCCGGCGCGGUUUUGGGGAUCUGUUCAGGUUACAUGGUUUUGUGAAUGGUGGAAACGUAUCAAAUUUCACAUUUAAAUUCGCCAACGAUUAUAAAGAAAACAUGAAAAUUUUCACAGAAAACGUUCGAUGUUCCGUUGGCGGUGGCAUUGCAAUGAAGCUGGGAAAUGUUGCAAGACUCGAGUUAAAUCUAGUUAUGCCUUUGUUAUUUAUCAGAAGCGACGUAUUGCAAAAAUUCCAAUUUGGUAUUGGUUUGCAGUACUUGUAAACAUUUCUUGCUUCGGGGUAGUAAAUUAUAUAUAUUGUAUUAU